UUCUCUUUCUUCAAGAAUCUUCUCAGGUCUGCCCGUGCACACAGUUAUUCAAGUUCGAGCUCAGUUUUCAGUCUCAAAUCACCAUUUCAAGCUUCGAAGCUUGCCGUUUUUGUCGCUACAAUUGCUUCUUCUGAGUUUUGUUGUAAACUUCAUGAUUAUUGUUACACUGUGUUCAGCUGGAGAUGUCGAAUUUCGCUCCUGCGCUGUUUGUUCUUCUCUUGAUGAUCGGUGGAAGCUACGGAGCGACUGCUCAUUUCGCCUCUGGUCCGCACAUUGCGGAUGUGAAUAUACUGUUGCCUCCCAAGAUGACUAAUCCAGUAGAGUAUAGGCUGCAAGGGAGUGAUGGUUGCUUCAAAUGGUCUUGGGAUCAUCAUGAUAUUCUUAGUGUUCUACCAGAAUACAAUGUAAGUAGUCACUGCUCGACAAGUGCUCUGCUGAGAUCUAUUGCUCCUUACAGUGGUCGCAAGGAGACCGCUGUUUAUGCUGCUGAUGUACAAACUGGAAUUGUAAUUCGCUGCAAAGUUUUUAUCGACAAAUUUUCAAGAAUCCAAAUAUUUCACAAUUCUAUCAAACUUGACUUGGAUGGGCUUGCUACACUUCGAGUCCGUGCCUUUGACAGUGAAG